AUGUUUGGACACGUGAAAAACUCGGAUAGGUUGACAACGCUGAUGCCUUUUAACACCCUUCCGGUGCCUAGCUGCUAUGCCACCCUAAGGAAGCACGAAGGCUGGGGCGUUGCCGGGUUGCCCAAGCCUAGAGAGGGGAAGUCGAGAGGCAGAGGUCGGGUUCGAACCACGGACCUUCCGAUUAGUAAAUUCGCGCUGCUUGGGCAACCUAGAGGCAUUUCAGCCAGUAUGUUUCCUUCGAGUGACGUGGCGGCUAGGCUACAGCUGAAUGAUACGACGAGAUGGCCCAAAGGGUUAGAGCGCGAAUUUACUAACCGGAAGGUCCAUGGUUCGAACCCGACCUCCGCCUCUCAAUUUCCCCUGUCUAGACUUGGGCAACCUGGCAGUAUCCCAGCCCUCGUGCAACCUUUGAGUGGCAUGGCACUGAACGAUUUUUUGAAUGCUACGACCAAAAAUGCAAAGUUGCCGCUAGUGCCUUUCGAACGAGCUCUGCUUAGUUCUGUCGUUACAGGUACCCUUGUAAAGCCAGUUAGCUAUCCGAACGUUCACUUUCAAGACUCAGAAGACACUCAUUUCGACUUUCAUUCUUCCAAUCUCCGGGAGAUUGCCAUUCAA